CCCUCUCUCUCUCUCUCUCUAUUAAUACAUGCAUGUGUAUAUACCUACUUUGAACUUUUCCUGUUCAUAUGAAAAAACCCCUCCCGAUCCCUAUUCUUGAAUGACAAGCAACAACUUACGCUAGAUAUACACCUUCUUGUUUUCUUCUUCUUCUCUCACUCUCUCUCUCUAGAUUAAUUCUUCCCUUCUUCUCUGUAUUUAAAGAAGACACAGAACACAGACACAGACACGCAUGCAGAACUGUCUGCAGAUCAGUCAGUCUUGCGGAGAGACUGAGGCAACAUACAAUUACUACUGAUUCUUCACUGUCUUCUCUCUCUAGAAUAAUUCUUCUGUUCUUGACUAUAAUUAAAGCAGACACAGAUCGCGCAGUGUCUUCUGUUAAAGAUUGAUCAGAGUCUUGAGGGGAGAGAGAUUGAAGAAAGAUAUUAUUAAUUCCUUCUUCUUCUUCUUCUUCAUACUCUCUCUCUAUCUCUCUGAGUCUUGAGGAGAGAGAUUGAAGAAAGAAAGAUGGAUGCAGGGGCAAAGAUUUGCAAUAAUCUACACGGGCUGAAGCCGACUCUGAUUAUGGUAAUGGUUAAAGCCAUAAUCGCAGUCGUCAAUGUCGGAUAUAAACUUGCUGCAAAUGACGGCAUGCGUCUCCCCAUCUUGGUGGGCUACAGAUUUAUGUUUGGUGCUGCUUUUAUUCUUCCUAUUGCAUUUUUUGUCGAAAGGAAAAAGAGGCCCAAGUUGACAUGGAAGAUAGGGUUCUAUGGCUUUCUUUGUGGUUUGUUCGGGGGAUCACUGGGCCAAAACCUAUACUUGAAGAGCCUCUCUCUCACUUCUGCAACUUUUGCCUCUGCCAUGACCAAUCUCAUUCCAGCCAUUACAUUCCUCGUUGCCAUUUGCUUAAGGUUAGAACGACUGGGCUUCAACACAUCGGCAGGUAAAGCAAAGGUUCUUGGUACCAUAAUGGGCAUAGGCGGAGCGAUGCUCCUCACAUUAUACAAAGGCCCAGAGCUCAAUCUUUGGAACACAAACAUAAACCUCCUCGAAAUGACCAAGACACAUCAUCAAGCUGAGCAGAGCCACGUGCCCGGUCAUAACCUCGUUUUGGGUGCCUUUCUAGCCCUGGCUAGUUGUGUCUGCUACUCACUCUGGCUGAUCGUUCAGGCUAAGGCCUCGGAGCACUACCCGUGCCCUUAUUCCAUCACGGCCAUGAUGACGGUGUGGGGAUCGCUUCAGAGCGUCGCGUUUGCUCUUUGCAUGGAGAGGGAUUGGAGCAACUGGAUUCUUGGGUGGGAUAUAAGGCUUCUUACAGUAGCUGUUGCUGGGGUUGUCGGGUCAGGACUGAUGUUUACCCUGGUAGCCUGGUGUGUGCGGAUGAGAGGGCCGCUGUUCGUGUCGAUAUUCAACCCGCUGAUGCUUGUCAUUGUGGCCAUUGCUGGAUCUUUGUUCUUGGAAGAGAAGCUUCAUCUUGGAAUGGUGCUGGGGGCCAUACUGAUCGUGGGCGGACUAUACGUUGUGUUAUGGGGAAAAGGCAAGGAAUUGAAGAAGGUGUCCCAGCUGAUGCCGGAAAAUCAAGAGCAUCAAGUGGCCGUCGACAUGCCGCUGAAAAGGAGGCGGACGCGGAGGAGGAAAGAGAAGAAGACAAAAGGGAUUCUCAUGCUAGCUCCGAAAUUCUAG